UGCCCCGAGUGGGCUCCAUGGCGGCGGCGGGGGCGGCGGCGUGGCGGGCCUACCAGCGGGUGAUGGCGAGGCACCCGGCCACCGUGCAGGUCCUGACCGCAGGGACCCUGAUGGGGGUCGGGGACGUCAUCUCCCAGCAGCUGGUGGAGCGGAGGGGCCUGGAGGGGCACAGCGGGCGACGGACCCUCAGGAUGAUGGGCAUCGGCUUCUGCUUUGUGGGGCCGGUCAUUGGGAGCUGGUACCGGCUGCUGGACCGCAUGGUGCCUGGCGCAACCCGAACGGUAGCCUUCCGGAAGAUGCUGCUGGACCAGGUGAGCAGGGGGGGAGGGGUCUCCAGGCGUCGGAGGCGAGAGGGCUCUGUUGGCUGUCCCCCGUCCACUGUUUGUCCAGCCAAGCAGGCCCAGCGAGGCCGGACACCAGAGGCGGUGUACAGCAGGGCCACUCUGAACCAGUGGGGUGGAGUGGCCCUCCUGCCUCAGGUAGCCUACCUGAUCCUGACUGCUCUCUUGCAGGACUACGCAGAUGCCCUGAUCACCAACUACUAUAUCUGGCCGGCUGUGCAAGUCGCCAACUUCUACUUCGUCCCCUUGAACCACAGGCUGGCCGUUGUCCAGGUUGUGGCCAUCGUCUGGAACGCCUACCUCUCCUGGAAGACCAACCAACUCUGAGGAAGCAAGAUGGAUGGCAAAGUUGGGGGGGUCACCAAGAGAUGAACACCCCCCUUAGACUCUCCCUCACCCCAUGACCUUAUGCUCCACAAACAAACACAUUGUGGAUGUUGGAGCUCAAGAUCCGUCCAGUGAGCACCAGGUGCAAACCCAUGCAUCCAGCAGCCUUCAGGGUCCAGUUGGCUAGUAUGUGGUCAGUGGAGCCCCCUCUGCCCUGGACAUUGGGAGAAGGGGGGGUGCUUGGCCACUGCCUUGCUGCAAGUCCAGGACCCCCAUCUCAGGGGUGAUGGUGUCCCUCUGCAAAGCAAGGGUUGGACUAGAUGGCCUCUUGUAGAGUCCUAGAGUUGGUAGAGACUUCGUGGGCCAUCCAGUCCAACCCCAUUCUGCCAAGAAGCAGGACAAUCGCAUUCAAAGCACCCCCGACAGAUGGCCAUCCAGCCUCUGUUUCAAAGGCUGGAUGGCCAUCUGUGGUCUCUUCCAGCUCUUGCACUUCCGAGCCACGAGCCCAGCUGCAGCCCAAGCUGACGUGUCUGGGGAGAGGCUUCCGUCACCCAUCCGUCCAUCUCCCCCCCAACCUGGGCUUUUGGUCUCCUUUGGGGCAGGUUGGGGGAUAGGCCCCCUUUGCUGUC